AUGUCAGCUCUCUACAAACAAUUCCGCCUUGCCCUCAAAACGCAGAACGGCCAUGCCCUCGGUGCCGUUUUCUCCCCGCGUAACGCCGAUAUAUCCUCCUUCGCCUUCUCGACAAACCAUGCGAAUGUGCGCCGCGACAUCGAGUAUGAGCUCUCACAGCUGCCAGCAAAGUCCCGUCCUGCCUGGGUCGAGGCAUUUAUAGGACUGUGGAAGGUCGCGUAUACGCUGGAACGCGACGAGGAGCCUGGCGCUUGGGCGAGGGCGUAUGAGGGCCAGAAGGAGACCAUGUUGGCUGUUGUGAGAGGGUACCAGAAUGCUAGCUGGCCGCAUUGGACUCUGCCUGUUAUGUACACAGCGUGUAAAUAUUUGAGGACGAUUGCGAUGAAGGCGGAUGAGGAGGGGAAGACGGGGUGUUUGGAGGACGCAGCGAGAAUCGUAAAUAGGGCGUUUACGGUAUGCAUCAGUGAUCGAGCGCCGCUAGAGGAGUCCCGAAAAUGGGGGACAUACUACAUCGUCAACCUCCUGUUCAAAACAUACUUCAAGCUUAACGCCAUAACACUCAGCAAGAAUAUCCUCCGCGCACUAGCCGCCACAACCGCAGAUAUGCCGCCACUGAGCGCGUUCCCCAAGGCGCACCAGGUUACAUUCAAGUACUACGUCGGUGUCAUUUACUUCCUGGAAGAAAACUACGCCCUUGCCGGAGAGAACCUCAUGGACGCGUGGAAGCUUUGCCAUCCGGACGCUACAAGGAACCAAGAAUUAAUCCUAACCUACCUAAUCCCCACCAAGCUCUGCACGACACAUACUCUCCCCACUGCCGCACUCCUCUCCCGCUACCCCCGCUUACACGCACUCUUCGCCCCCCUCUGUACAACAAUUAAGUCCGGCAAUCUCAUCGCGUUCGACGCUGCCAUGGCUGCGGGCGAACAAGAGUUCGUCAAGCGCCGUAUCUUCCUAACACUGGAACGCGGAAGAGAGAUCGCGAUGAGGAACCUGUUCCGCAAGGUGUAUUUGUACUGCGAUAAAAGUACGAGGAUACCAGUGAGGACGUUCCAGGCAGCGAUGGGCAGUGGGAAGGUCGAGGUUGAGGGCGAGGAGGUGGAGUGCCUGAUUGCGGGGCUGAUAUAUAAGGGCCUGGUGAAGGGGUAUAUCAGUAGGGAGAAGCAGAUGGUCGUUUUGAGUGGGACUAUGGCGUUUCCGGGAACCGGAGUCUAG